AGAGUUACUUGACAAUAUAACGCUGCGUAAAAUUAAGGAAACGCUAGGAACUCUAAAACAGCAAUACAAGGAAUUAAGCGAGAAACUGAAAAAUAUGAGUAACAAGAGGAUGUGGAAGAAAGGGGACCAACUAGAGGACGCGAAGCAAGUAUUGCUUCGGCAAAGAAAUGUAACGAUGGGACAGCAGGAAGAGUUGGAGAGAGUACUCUUGCAGUGCACGCAAGAAUCACGGAAAGAGAAGUAUCGAUUAGUCCGCCGGAAUUACACUACCAACUGUAUUGAAUUAACGGUUCACGAAGACGCUAUAAAAAAUUUGCAAGCUUACAACAAAAUAUUGGAUGUCGCAAUGAUCGAGUACCUCGAGGAACGUAUGGCGACGGUCAACAGAAUAAUGAAAAAGCUGUGGAAAAAUGUUUAUAAGGGUACAGAUACAACCAGUAUAGAGAUCUGCACGGAACCUACGAAUAUGAAUACCAAAAGAAGCUACAACUACAAAUUGAUGCAAACUAAGCACGGCUGUAAAAUGGAUAUGAGAGGACGUUGCAGUGCUGGACAAAAGGUAUUGGCAUCGAUAAUCAUAAGACUCGCCUUGGCAGAAACGUUCUGCAAGAACUGCGGAAUUCUCGCGUUGGACGAACCAACGACAAAUCUGGAUGAAGAAAACGCAAAUAGCCUAGCGGAUAUGCUAACCAAAGUGGUUGAGUUACAAUCGAGACAUCAAAAGAAUUUCCAGCUGAUUAUAAUCAGCCACGAUGAAAAGUUCCUGCAGAAACUGGCCAAUUUGAAUAAUAACAAGAAAUUCCACGAGCUUUACCUUAAACACAACGGAAUGAUCUCAGUAAAGCUGUCUACCUUCAACGACCCUACGAGUUCUCUGUUACAUAUGAGUGAGGAUGAAUCUGAGGAGGAAGAAGAGCGAUUGAAUCAAUUUGGCGCGUCGACCAGCGGUUUAUCUAGAGGUACAGCUAAAAGAUACAAUAACUUAAGUGAUGAAGAUAACAGGCCACCAGCUAAAAAGAAGUAUUGUUUCACCGAGUAAUAUACGAUAAGCAUUUUUUGCCUCGAAAUAGAUAUUUCUGUACAUAUAUGCAUUCUAUUAUAUUUUUUUGAAUAUCAUAUUUCCAAUUUUAUAAUGUUUCCACAAUUGAUAUAGUAGAUAUAUUCAUAACAUGUUAUUGCGCGUCUAUUCUUAUGAAAGAAAUAUUAUAUAUGUAAAAAAUAUAUUGAAAUACCUCAAGUAAUCAGAUAAGAAUAGGAAUUUCGUUUUUGCAUCGAAAUAGGUAUUUCUGUACACAUAUAUGCAUUCUAUUAUAUUUUUUAAAUAUAUAUAAUUUUUUUUGAUAAUGUUUCUACUAUUGAUAUAGUAGAUAUUUAUUCAUAACAUGUUAUUGCGCGUCCAUUCCUAUGAAAGAAAUAUUAUACAUAUAUGUAAAAAAUGUAUUGAAAUACCUCAAGUAAUAAGAUAAGAAUAAAAAAAUUAAUUUAUAAUCAUCCCGAAGGAAAUGUAAUGUUGGUUAUUGAGAUAUUGAAUUAAACAUUGUGUUCGUAUUUUAUUUUUAAA